ACUAAACAAAGCCACGGCACUGGUCUCGCCAUAGUCUCUCCUUCUCUCUUUCCCUGCUCGCCACCAGUGAGGUGGUAGUUGGUUCUUGGUAGCUGGGUGCUUGCUUACAGCGCUGCCCGCUGGUGGCCAAAAGCGGGGCACAGGGAAGCCUUCCAGCAGCAGGAGGAAGGCCGCAAGCCUGCAAGCCUGCAUCCAUGGCGAUGGCGGCUUCCCGUCACCUCUCCUCGCUCCUGGCCUGCCUCCACGUCUUGCUGGCCGUCGCAGCGGCAGCAACAAACGACACGCUGAAGCAGGGCGAGUCCCUCUCUGCCGGUUCGACGCUGGUCUCCUCCCCAACGGGGGUGUUCGAGGCGGGCUUCCACGCGCCGGACCCGAACCAGCCCGCCCGCCUCUACCUCUGCAUCUGGUACCGCGGCAUCGCGCCGCGGACCGUGGCCUGGGUGGCCAACCGCGCGGCGGCGGCCACGGGGCCCUCGCCAUCGCUGGCGCUCGCCGCCAGCGGCGAGCUGCGCGUGCUCGACGGCGCCGCGCUGCUCUGGUCCUCCAACACCACCUCGCGCGCCGCGCCGCGCGGGGGCUUCUCGGCCGUGCUCCUCGACUCCGGCAGCCUCCAGGUGCGCGACGACGACGGCGCCGAGGUCUGGGACAGCUUCUGGCACCCCUCCGACACCAUGCUCUCCGGGAUGCGCAUCACCGUCAGGGCGCAGGGCAGGGGCCCGCCCGAGCGGAUGCUCUUCACCUCCUGGGCCAGCGCCACCGACCCCUCGCCGGGACGGUACGCGCUCGGCCUCGACCCGGUUAACCCCAGCCAAGCUUACAUCUGGAGAGACGGCAAUGUUCCCGUCUGGAGGUCCGGCCAAUGGAGUGGGCUGGAUUUUGUAGGCAUUCCAUAUAGACCGCUGUACGUGUAUGGGUACAAGCAAGGAAAUGAUCCAAUUCUUGGACCAUACUUCACUUACACUGCAACAAAUACAUCUCUGCAGAGGUUUGUUGUUACACCAGAUGGCAAGGACGUCUGCUACAUGGUUAAGCAGUCUACACAGGAGUGGGAAAUUGUCUGGAUGCAACCGUCAAAUGAGUGUGAGAAUUAUGGUGCAUGCGGUUCAAAUGCGAUUUGUAAGGUGCUGCAAGAUGGGAAGGCAAAAUGUACAUGCCUUAAAGGUUUUCAGCCAAAGUUGCUGGAUGAGUGGAAUGCAGGAAAUCGGAGCCAAGGUUGUGUUAGGAAACCACCUUUGGGCUGCCAGGUUAAUCAAACUGGAGAUGGAUUUCUCUCUAUUACGAACGUGAAGUGGCCAGAUUUCUCAUAUUGGGUAUCUGGUGUGACCGAUGGGGAUGGGUGCAUGAAUUCCUGCCAGCAAAACUGUUCAUGCAGUGCCUAUGUCUACAUGCCUAUGUUGAUGGGGUGUCUACACUGGGGUAGUGACCUGAUUGAUGUUUGCCAGUUGCAGACUGGGGGUUAUACCCUUAACCUCAAACUUCCUGCUUCCGAGUUACGCUCACAUCAUGCAACUUGGAAAAUAGCCACUAUAGUAUCUGCCGUGGUGCUAUUCAUUUUGGUAGCUUGUCUCCUUUUAUGGUGGAAGCGUGGCAGAAAUAUCAAAGGUGCAGUGCACAGAAGCUGGAGGUCAAGACGUUCAUCUACCAGAUCUCAGAGUACUGCUAGCAUGCUGGAUAUUUCACGUUCAAUUCAUUUCAAUGAUGAAACUGAGGAUGGAAAAAGUCAUGAACUCAAAGUACUUUCCCUGGACCGCAUUAAAGCUGCUACUAGUAAUUUCAGUGAAUCCAACAAGCUUGGGGAAGGUGGAUUUGGCCCUGUUUAUAUGGGAACAUUACCUGGUGGAGAAGAAGUAGCUGUGAAGAGGCUUUGUAAGAAUUCAGGUCAAGGCCAUGAGGAGUUCAAGAACGAGGUCAUAUUGAUUGCAAAGUUGCAACACCGCAAUCUUGUCAGAUUAUUAGCAUGCUGUAUACAGGGAGAAGAGAAGAUCUUGGUGUAUGAAUACAUGCCCAACAAGAGCCUCGAUGCAUUUAUCUUUAAUGCUGAAAAGCGAGGUCUCCUCGACUGGAGGACACGGUUUGAUAUCAUUGAAGGUAUUGCUCGAGGGCUACUAUAUCUCCACCGGGACUCAAGGCUGCGUAUUGUUCACCGUGACCUAAAGGCCAGCAAUAUUCUCCUAGACACAGACAUGAUCCCGAAAAUAUCGGAUUUCGGAAUGGCAAGGAUGUUCGGAGGGGAUGAAAACCAGUUCAAUACAAACCGUGUCGUUGGAACAUUUGGCUACAUGUCUCCUGAAUAUGCGAUGGAAGGCAUUUUCUCAGUUAAGUCUGAUGUUUAUAGCUUCGGAGUUCUGAUCUUGGAGAUCAUCACAGGGAAGAGGGCUGUCAGCUUUCAUGGUCAACAGGACUCUCUCAACAUCGCGGGAUAUGCGUGGCAACAAUGGAAUGAGGACAAGGGUGAGGAAAUGAUUGACCCAUUGAUAAGACCAUCGUGCUCAAUUCGACAAGUCAUGAGGUGCAUCCACAUUGCAUUGCUAUGUGUGCAAGAUCAUGCCCAGGAACGUCCCGACAUCCCUGCGGUCAUUAAUAUGUUGAGCAGUGACAACUCCGCUCUUACCAUGCCGAGGCCGCCAACCCUGAUGCUUCGAGGCCGUGCUGUCGAGUCGAGCAAAUCAAGCGAGAACGAGAGAAGCCACUCCAUAGGUACCGUAUCAAUGACACAGCUGCAUGGAAGAUAGCAUAGCAAGGACAGUAUGCCAAAAAUAUGGUGUUUUCCUUUUCCAAGACGUACUGCAAUGCUGGUGUGUUUCUGUAGACUAGGAUUUGGGCGGGGUUUGAUGAAGCCAAUUUGUACGAAAAAAUAUGUUAAUUUUUGUCAUCUGUAAAGUUACAAUGAAAGCCGAUUUUCGAAAUGGGAGUUUAGUUAGGACCAGCUACAUGCUUUGACAGAAA